AUGGAAACAACCCGCCGUCCUCACCUUAAAUCCCUCGCCCACCGCGGAACAAUCCAGGGCGUAACAAUCUCAACGUUGUCUUCCCUCACCAGCCAUGCCAAAGACCUCUGCCACUACUUCGGCGGCGUCCGCUACGGCCUUGCCCCCGCCGAGCGCUGGCGCCGCGCCCAGCCCUUAUCUGCGUCCUUCAGCUAUGGGAGCGAAGAAGCACCGGGCCGCUGUGAUGGGGGAGCAGGGCUUUGUCCCCAACCGGGAUUUCUGAAUAUCACGCCAGAGAAUCCAGAUGUAUGGGACGAGGACUGCUUUCAGUGUAAUGUUUGGACGCCUAUCGGAGAGGUGCCCGAGGGGGGAUGGCCUGUUUUUGUUUUUAUUCAUGGGGGAUGGCUUCAAUUCGGCACACCCAAUUCAUUCAAUCCAGCUGCACUGAUCGGCGAGGCAGAUUUCAACUGCGUGGUUGUGAUGCCUGCGUACCGGGUCAACUUAUUCGGAUUCCUUUACUCAACCGAACUGGAGGAGGACGCAGCGACUGCCGGGGAGACAGUUGGGAACCACGGGUUCUGGGACCAGAGACUAGCACUCGAGUGGACGAAGGAGAACAUCCAACUAUUCGGCGGCAAUCCGGAGACCAUCACGAUCUCAGGAUAUUCCGCAGGCGCCAACUCCGUCUUCCACCAACUAGCCUACGACCUCCGCCAACCAGACGAGAACUCCCUCAUCCGCCAAGCCUGCAUCUGGUCAAACAGCCCAGCCGUCCAACCCAAGCAGCCAACCGAAACCCAAACCCAAUUCAACCAACUCCUAACAGCCCUCGACAUCCCGCUCACCCUGCCAAAUAGCGAGAAACUUACCCGACUACGUUCAAUUCCGGCAAAAACCCUCCUCGACAAAGCAAAAACAAUCCCCCUCCACCAAUUCCGCCCAACAACAGACACAUCCUUCAUCUCCCCAUCCCUCUUCACAGGCCUCGACAGCGGCGCCUUCGCACGCAGUCUCCUAGCCCGCAAUAUCCGCAUCAUAAUAGGCGAAUGUUGCGAUGAGCGCUUCCUGUACAGUACAUGGUUCCCGCCGACGGAAAACACCCUCUCCGCGCUGCGCACCCGUCUCGUCGCAGAUUACCCAGAACAUAUCGUCGACGCCGUCAUACCAUUGUAUUACCCUAACGGCUCUCUACCGACGCACUGCGAAAACUGGGACCAGGACGCGUGGGGGAGGAUCUACGCUGAUAUGCAGGUACAUCGGAUGCAGCGCGGACUUGUGUAUGCGUUGACGGAGAAUAAGGGCGGGGUUAAUGCUUCGGCGUUACUGUUUCGGUAUCGGGUUGAGUGGAGGGCGGAGUGUGUGGAGGUGGCUUUGCCGAUUGAGUGGGGGGUUACGCAUUCGUCGGACUAUCCGGUUUGGUUCUUUGGGAAUGGGGGGUUGUUGGGGGAGGGGGAGAAGGAGGUUGUGAUGGAGGGAUUUGUUGGUCCGUUAGGGAGGUUUGUCCGUGGGGAGAAGGAGUUUGGAUGGGGGACUUCUGGGGUUAGGGAGGUUAGGACGCUGAGGGAAGAUGGGAGUGUUGAGAUUGUGGAGGAUGGGGAUUGGGAGGAGGGUGUUAGGGUUUGGAAGGUGUUGAGGGAUGCUGAUGGGAGGUUGGAAUAG